GGGGAAGGGCCCCAGCGCUCGGAUUGGCUAGGCCCGGGGUGUUGCAGUCAGGGGAGGGCCGAGGCCAGGAAGAGCCUAAGUGCAAAGUCCCAAACAACAGGCUGGGCUGGGGCGGGGCCAGCAGUCUGUGGCUUUUCCCUGCCCUUCGGGCUCCCAGGAGGGCUGAGGGCAGAGGCUGCCUGUAGGUGUCAGACCACAGCCCUGUGCUGAGAGCCUGCAGUCUGUGGGAACAGCACUGGACUCCCGACAGAAUGGAGCUGAAAUGUGACCAGACAGAGCGCAUAACUGUGGACUAUGUGAAGGGAAUCCUUCAACCCACGCCCACCUGCGACAGCUGGGACCAGAUCUGGGACUUCCAGGCCAGGCCCGAUGACCUGCUCAUCUGCACCUACCCUGAACAAGGGACCACGUGGACUCAGGAGAUAGUGGACUUAAUACAAAAUGAAGGUGAUGUUGACCAAACUCAACGAGCACCUACUCACGUGCGUUUUCCUUUCAUCGAAUGGAUAAUCCCGUCCAUAGGAUCGGGCUUGGAACAAGCUAACGCGAUGCCCUCACCACGGACCCUGAAAACACACCUUCCCUUCCAACUGCUGCCUCCGUCUUUCCAGGAGAAAAACUGUCAGAUAAUCUAUGUGGCGAGAAACCCCAAGGACAACCUGGUGUCUUACUACCAUUUCCACAGGAUGAAUAAAGCGCUUCUGGCCCCGAUAAUCUAUGUGGCGAGAAACCCCAAGGACAACCUGGUGUCUUACUACCAUUUCCACAGGAUGAAUAAAGCGCUUCCGGACCCCGGGACCUGGGAAGAGUAUUUUGAGAGCUUUCUGACUGGGAAAGUGUGCUGGGGCUCAUGGCAUGACCACGUGAAAGGAUGGUGGGAAGCCAGAGACCAACACCGCAUCCUCUACCUCUUCUAAGAGGACCUGAAGAUGAACCCAAAGCAUGAAAUCCGGAAGCUGGGAGAAUUUAUUGGGAAAAAGCUGGAUGACAGCAUCCUGGAUAAAAUUGUCCAUCACACUUCGUUUGAUGUUAUGAAGCAAAAUUCCAUGGUGAACUACUCGACAGUCCCCGCGGAGGUCAUGGACCACUCGGUGUCUCCGUUCAUGAGGAAAGGUGGUUCUCUCUGCUCAUCAUGAGCUUAAAAGAGCUGUCGAGGACCCCAGGGCCUGUGGGGAGGUUUCCAUGGAUAAGACAAGGUCCAUAAUAAAUGAUACUGGGGAAGGA